AUGUUGAAGCCUUUUCAUAUCAGAGAUCUUCGGGUGGCUCACCCUGAGCCUGCCUCUCACCCUAAUCCUGCCCUCAUUCGGAUUUCUACCACUGAUUAUGAUGACAUAGCGUCAAAUCAUCCUCGCGCACGGCUGACUUACGUCGACGAGGAUGACGAUGGUGACGAAACAAUCACGGUUGGAUCCGCUCUCGAGCUUUCUCAACGUCUCGAGGAGCCCUUAGACAUACACACACGGGUUGAUUCCCUCCAGCUUCAAGGCGAUGCCACUCCGAGGCACACAUUUGACGUCCGUCGAACCAAUUCCGUCACCGAGUUAUGGAAGCGAUUUGAAGACAAUCAAAAUGAUAAAGAAGAUGCCGGUGAUCAUGUUCGCGACGAGCCCGGUGCCUCAGAGCCCGGUGCUCUUGAGGAUCGACGUGAAGCCUCGCCGCCAAGUAAUCCAACGGCCUCUAAUGAGCCCCGGCCUCUGAUGGAAGCAUUCGAAGCCGAACUAGCAGAGAUGCUUCAUGCUGCCGAAUCUUCGGAAAAGAAGCUGCCCAAGUCUGAUACACCGCCGAUCGCCGAGCCUUUUUCUAACUCGCGCUCGGAACGCACACCCCAUCCUGUUGAAAUAAUAGCGGCACAGGUCAUGGAUCAGCUUACCAACGGGGCCAACAUGGUCCAGAAUGAAUGGAGGUCAAGAAUGCCAGAGUUACAAAGGCAGCUCCAAAAUGCCCAUAGGCAACUCGAGGCGGCACACCGAACUUUGCCGCGAAACGUCGAAACAUCGUUGCGUGCAUUGCUUGCCACCCUCGAGGCUCACAUGAGAACUGCUUUCAAUAAUCUUCCAAAUGGUUCGAGGCAGAUGGCAGAAGAUGCGUUCCAGGCUGGAAGGCCUGUCGCAGAAAAUGCCGCUGACGGUCUGCGUAUGAUGGCCUCUGAAAUCAACGAGGUCGGAAGAACUCUGUUCUCUGCUUUUGAAAGCGAAUUCGGGCGAGCUGGUCAGGCUGCUCCCUCUUCCAGCAAUGAACCACCUGCGGCAGGGCCUGCUCAUCCACGAGCCCCGGUGUAUCCCUCUGACGAGAAGCCAAUGCCAGUCCCAGGCGAAUCAAAGCCCGAGAGCGCUGUCCCAAGCCGUAAUCCUCUGUAUACCGCUCCAGAAGCUCCUCACUUCCCACCUCUCCCUCCUCACCACGCACCACCCCCUACAAAUGAUCUACCGCCAGCUCCAUUCCCUACUCCAAUGUGGAAUCCGUUCCAAACCUUUAAUCAACCUCCUCCUCCCUACCCCUCACACCCUCCCACGCAACAGCCAAUUUCUUGGCCACAGCCACGAGCCACACCCUGGCCACACUGGCGACCUGCGCCAACGCCUGCGGCGUACAACGGUGCCCCACCAAAAUCCAGGCAAGUACCGGUAGCUAAGUCCGGAAAACCAAAAGUCGUUGGCCCGGGCACAAAGUCUCUUUUCAUCGGAAACGUCGGCUUCAAGGUCACCGAGAAGAUGAUUCAGGAUGUUUUUGCUUCAAAGGGUUUCAUCGUCGAUGUUGAUCUUCCGACAGAUGCAUCCUCGGAAAGUCAUGCAGGAUUUGGCUAUGUGCAUUUCCCCUCCGAGCAUCCUGCUUCCGCCGCGAUGGGGGCUUUACAGGGCGCUGUCAUUGAUGGUCACUCAAUCAACCUUGAACACAUGGACCAUUCUCCUAUUGGGGAAGUACAUCGAGUGCAAGCCAAGCCAAGGUACAUGAAUACAGAGGCUAGCAGUGCCCAGCUCCCACGGGCGGAGCUCAGUGAUGGAAAUAGCGUCGUUGGUUCCAGCAAUAUUCAAACAGAGUCUUCUGCGCUGCUUGAUGCCCCAAGCGGCGACCCUGCAUUCAGCGCACGUUUCCCCUCACUUCUCCCAGGAACGGGUGCUCAGCAUCCGAACCCAUUGGAUAUCAACGGCGUCUCCCUGGGUUCGAACCCUGGAGCAGAGAUAUCGCGAUUCCCGCCCGUUUCUCAGUCAGAUGCCCAACUGCUCGCCAAUAACUCGGCUCGCAUGCGUGAUCUUGGUAGCGAAAAACAUGACACCACGACAGAAGACACCAUGACACAGCUGCAAAAAGAGGAACAGAGCGGUUCUCCCCAGCAACAAAUCUCCGAUGACUCGCCAGCAGAGGGGACGCGGCACGCUAUGCAGUCGGUCGAAGGCGAAGCCAGUCCAUUAACUCCUGAAAACGCGGAUAUCGAGGAGUGCGUAUCCGCUCUCGUCGACAUGGGCUACGGAACUGAGCAGGAGGGUGGACGGUCUCGGAUGGCGGUGUAUGCUGCGGCCGCUGGUGGCAGUCUGUUGGAUGCUAUUGAUAUGAUUGAGGAAGAAAGGAGGGCCUACGAGUGUCAAGCUUAUCAGUAA